UUUAUGUCAAUUUUGUUACAAUUACCAGAAGUAAAAUCAAAAUUCCCUCACUAAAAUACCUUUGGGAAAAAGUCAGUUUAAUUUUUGGGUUCAAAAGGCUAAAUGGAAGCCAAGCUACCUGGUUAUGUGAUUCUUGGUUGAAGCAUUACAACAGAACACUUCAGUAUAUGCAAGACACAUAUGAUAAGUACUGUAUAUGGAAAUUUUACAACAACCAUUAUAAUGUUAUAUGAUUAUCUCAAACAGGAGGUAAAGGUGUAAUAAAGAGGAUCAUGGCAGCUGCAGAUGACAGUUUUGAUCAGUAUGAAGAGGAGGAGACAGGAGAGGCUCAGUCAGAAGCUGUCAUUUCCACCUGUUCGGGUGGCCGUAAAAGACUCUUUUCCAAGGAGCUGCGGUGCAUGAUGUAUGGCUUUGGGGACGACCAGAACCCCUACACGGAGAGCGUUGAUCUACUCGAAGACUUGGUCAUUGAAUUCAUAACUCAAAUGACACAGCGUGCAAUGGAGGUUGGUAGGUCCGGCAGAGUCCAAGUAGAAGACGUAAUGUAUUUAGUGCGGAAAGACAAGCGCAAAUAUGCAAGAGUUCACGACCUGCUCAACAUGAAUGAGGAGCUGAAGAAAGCAAGAAAAGCCUUUGAUGAAGUCAAGUAUGCUGGUGUGUGAAAUGCCUCAGAUAUAUAUAUAUACAAACAUAUAUAUAUAUAUA